UCUCUGUGUCCCUCCCUUUGUUGCCUUCGUCUUCGUCAAUUUCUACAUCUCUGCCCCCCACUCGCAUCCCUCUCUCUCUCUCUCACUUGACUCUCUCCUCAAUUUCGCCCUCGGCUUUGAUUGAGUUGCGUCGUCGUACUCGUGCCCCAUUGCAGGAUUCUGCGGAGUUUCGUCCCAAAUUCGGGUUCUAGCGGUGCUGCCGUAGGUGCUAGUCUGCUUGAUCGAUCGUUGUGCCAGGUUUUUUUUUGUCUUUUAGGGCGUUGAGGUUUAUCGAGGAUUGUUGGAGGUCUUUCAGGGAUCACAGGAUUUUAUUUUUGUGGUACUACGUAUUGCAGUGCGUGAGAAACAUUUGUAAUCAGUAGCAGGGGAGGGAUGGACUUGGCGUGAACUUGGGUUGGUUGAUAUCAGCAGCUUUUGUUGCAAUUCAUUAUCGAGGCGAAAUGGAGAUAUCUUGAGCAAUUCCAAAUUUAGGGUUAUGAAGUUUAUGUGAAAACAAGCGUGUGUGGAGGCAAUAGCCAGUGAAUUUGGAGGAUCUGGAGAGGUGGUAUUUCUAAGUAGAAUAUCUUAAUUUUUUUAUGGUUCCUCCCUUGGCAGUAUUCGCAUCAUUCAUAUCAAGAGCCAACUGCUGGUGAUUGAACAGGUUUCAUUUUGGGAGCUUUUUAGUGAUAGUAUGAAAUGGUCGCCAAUGUUGAUGCUGCUGGUGGUUUCGAGCUCCAGGCACUAGCUGAAAACCCCCCAGCAUCUCCCCCUUGGCACCAGAAGUUUCAAGACCCUGACGAUGGUCGACAACGCUUUCUUCUUGAACUCGAAUUUGUUCAGCUGCUCGCCAACCCUACUUACAUCCACCACUUGGCACAGAAUCGCUACUUCGAUGAUGAAGCGUUCGUAGGCUAUCUGAAGUACCUCCUGUACUGGAAACAGCCCGAAUAUGCUAAGUACAUCAUGUAUCCGCAUGCAUUCUUUUUCUUGGAUAUGCUUCAAAGUGCGAAUUUCCGUGCAGCGAUGGCUCAUCCUGCAAACAAAGAGAUUGCACAUCGUCAGCAAUUUUACUUCUGGAAACACUACAGGAAUAACAGGUUGAAACAAAUACUGCCUCGCCCCUUACCGGAAGCACCUGCUCCACCUCCACCUCCCCCUCCAGCACCCACACCAGUAGUAGUCGCAGCAACUGCAAAGCCCGAAGGAUCCACGAGAGCAGGUGCCGGCGAACGGAGAAAACGCAAGUAUGCAAACUCGUAGCACCUGAAGAUAGUUCCUCGUGGUCACAUGGAAAUGUAAUCAGUGCAGACAUGCUCAAAUCUGUAGAGCCAAAUGGAGUUGGUUGUAAUUUUGAAUGAGAGGACUCUUCUUUGGAAGUGUGUGUUAUGUAGGGUGAUUUAUCCGCAAAGUUCCCUGGCUGCAUUUUAUGCAUUAAAUCAGGAGUAGGUGUUGUUGAAGAUGAAGAUUGGUGCAUCAAAGUGGUCCUGUUUCAAGAAAGUCUAGUAACCUUCACAAUCUGUUUGAUAUGAUGACGAGAUAUGGUGUGCAGCCUAUGUCGCAUAAUCCAGAAGUUGGUUGAAUAGAAGGUCUGCAUCUCAUGUACGAAUUACUGCCUAUUUAUUUAUGAAUUUUGAGAACGCUGGGAUGUUCCUGUACUCCA